AUGUCAAAAACGACAAUGCAAACAACAAUUGCACAGGAUGGUGAUUCUUCAAAAGCAGUUCAUGUAUCUUUAGUAUCUAAUUGGGAGAAUACUCCUUUAUAUCUAGAAUCUUUUAUGUUUUUCAAAGAAAGAGUAGAUAAUGUAGUCUAUAAUAAAUAUAUAGAACAAUUGGCAAAAUCGGUUGCAAAGCGAUCGUAUUCAGAGUUGUCCGAUAAACAAAAGUAUGAUAUUGUGAUUGACGCUGCUACCACUGUGUUGGGUGAUGACACUCAGUUCUACAUUGGUGCGUUGCGUGCCGACCUGACAAUGCGUACCUUUUCACCAAAGGUAGAGUUACUCCGUCAGCUUUAUCUUUCCGCUAUGACAUCGAACAACAUUGCCAUUGGUAAAUCGAGUGUUCCACUCAUUCAAAUCGGUUCGCAGACAAUUCACCAAAACCUGAAUAUCAAUGCAAUCGAUCAAGCUCUAAAGUCAAUAGUAGUUACCGAGAAGAACAGCAACAACAACAACAACAACACACAGGUAUACUCAUUCGAUACAAUCAUUGGAAAUGAUAUUACAUUCGACUCACAACUCUUGGUUGACAAUGGUAGACCAAUUGUAAUCUACUAUGGUAAUGUCUUCUCGGUGGAGUUCCUCGAUGUCCAUAGCCAUCUUGUGAAGCUGGCAACCGGUAGCGACGCCAAGAUUACCUAUGUACUUCGUUUCACUGUGGAAUCGAGUGAACAACCUGCCAAACUCCAAGGUUAUGGCUAUGGUUUGACGAUUAAGAAUCUCGAGUACAAAGUGAUGGACGACAGUGUCAUUGCACAGGACGAGAAGAACCAAGAUGCCAGUGGCAAUCAACUUCACGAAGACGUCGCCGGAUUCAAUUUCAAGGUGUUGCAAGACCGUCAUCCGCAACUGCUAAGCACAUUCAAAACCUUUAGAAAGUUCCUUUUGGCGCAUCAACAAACCACCGAUCUCAAAGUCUGGGAGAUCAAAGACAUCGGAUUGCAAUCGGCGCAAAAGAUCAUCAGUUCGUCCGACCCAAUGAGAUCGAUGAAGUUUAUCACCUCGACAUUCCCAUCGCUUGCGAGAUCACUCUCGCGUAUCUCGUUGAACGAUUCUCUCAAGCAACACGUCGAACAGAAUCACAAAUUCCUGACAGCUGGCGCAAACCAAUUGUUCCUCAACGAUCUAAACAUCGACUUGGAAGAGGAGUUUGCAUUGAAUCCAAUCGGAUUGAAUGAGAUUAUCUACAACGAAAUCAAAUCGAAAUUGGAAACAAAGAAACUAGAUCUACAAUCGUCACUCAUCACCAAAGCAACCAACACCAUGUCAAAGAUGAAUCCAGUAAGAUUCGAUAUCGUUCCAGAGGAUGACACUAUUUUCUAUAUCAACAACGUUGAGAAAGAUUAUACAUAUCAACGUUGGGAUAAAUCAUUUUCAGCUAUUGAAAAUGGAAUAGAUCAAAACUCUGUUUAUAUUGCAAAGAAUAUAUUCACAGGUAUCUUUAUGAUUGAUAUGGAUAGUGAUGAUGCAUAUCAAACACUUGGUCAAAUCAAUAUGAUGAUCAACAAUAAUCUACCAAUGAGAAUCGGUAUCAUUUUCGCUACCGAUCGUGCUCAGGCCAGCGGUGUAAAGCCAAAUCCAGCUCAAGUACCAAAUGAAGCAAUCAUCAAGGUGUUUGCAUCGUUCUGGCGAUACAUGGGUCAACGUGCCGCAUUCUAUUUCAUGAAUGCACUCAAUUACUAUCGUCAACAAUACGAUAUCAACUAUGUAACACACUCGCUGAUGCAAGGUGCUUUCCAGACCGUAACCAGUCAGAUGCACAACCGUAUUCCAGGUGGAUUGCACAUGGCCAUGGAGAAUCCACAGAUGGAUGCACAACUAGUUGCCGGAAAUCAAUAUAUCGCAUCAAAAGGUAUCGCCAACUUCCCACAACUCUUUGUCAAUGGUAUGAUCGUUGACCUGAAGAAGGGUAAUCCUUUGGAGACUCUCAUGUCGUUGGUACAAGAGGAAAUGGCGGAGGUCAAGAAGCUCGUUGAUCAACGUAUAAUCGAUGAUUCCACUCAGGAUAUCUACAAGACUAUAAUGUCGCACUACAGAGAAACCACCGGUUUAAUGAGCAAUUUCAAUCCAAUCAUUAUCCCAAGUGAAUCUUCACCAUUGAAAUAUGUUUCAUUGGCAUACUCCUCGGAUGCUGCUAUUCAACAAUUGGCAAACCAAGUACUCAAUACCGAUAUCAUUUGGUUCGAGUCAACCACUGAGAUUAAAGCACUUUCCACUUUUGUGGUUGGUGACUUUGAUGAAUCGUCAAGCUCCAUCAAGUUGGCGUUGAAUGCACUCGAUCGUUUCAGCACCGAUGCCAAACCAAACAAUCAAGUUAGAUACGCAUUGCUAUCCACUGGAAAUGGUGUAGUUUCCAAGGUUUUGUCACAUCCACAGAUCACCAUUCAGGGUGCAAUUGACCUCCUCACCAAACAAGCUCAGAUUCUCGAAGACAAAUCAACUCCAUUGACUUUGGAUCAGGCAUUGGCUGCUGCCAAGCUAUCAAAUAACCCACUUCUCAACCAGAGAAACCAGAAUCAACUCACUUUUAUCAAAGAAUAUAUCGGUUUGCCAAUGACUGGCUCACAAACAACUAUUAUCGUCAAUGGUCGUGUAUUGACUGUCGAGGAGAACGAUGUAUUCAAUGAAUUCUACUUUUUGGAGUGCUAUGAAUUGUCAAAGGCAAGAAAAGUUCUCUCGGAUAUCCUUGAAAAUCCAUCUGCUGACGACAAACCAUUGACCAACAGCCAAUACUCUACCAUUUUGAUGAGAUUGAUGUCGUCUCUCGGUAAGAGAAACGAAGACACCACCAUUGCAAAGAAACAGCCACCCUCUGGUAUCACUCCAUCAUUCACCUACGAAACAAAUAACAAUAUUAUUUCAGGAUUGCUUAGAUUCACUAUGAUUGUCAAUCCUCUCAGCAAACAGGCACAAAAGAUCAUCCCUAUCGUUGCCGAGUUUGCACAACACUACGGUAUCCCAUGUGAUGUCUAUCUCAACGUUCAACUUGCACUCUCAGAGAUGCCAUUGAAGAACUACUAUACCUACGUUGUACAACUUGACAACGCAUUCGACUCUGCCACUGGAAAGGUAGUAUCUGAGCCAGGUGGUACUUUGGUCAACUUACCGGAAUCGCGUGUCUUAACUCUUGCCAUGGAUGCACCAGUCGAUUGGAUCGUCUCACCAAUCGUUGCCAAGUACGAUCUUGACAAUAUUCGUUUGAAGGAUCUCGGAAGUGACAAGGUUAUGCGUGCUGUCUAUGCACUCGAACAUCUACUGGUUCAAGGUUCCGCUUUGGACAUAAGCAACUACCAGCCACCAGGUGGUCUUGAGCUUCAACUCAGUUCACUCAACUCCAAGGUAUCGACCGAUACCAUUGUUAUGGGUAAUGGAUAUUUCCAAUUACAAGGUAAUCCAGGUAUCUGGACACUCGAUACCAUUGGUAGAGGUGUUGAUAUCUUUGAUACUCUCAAUUUGGUAGAUCGUAAGGCAUCUUCGUUGAAGAACGCUCAUUCCGUUCCACAUUUGUUGGUCUACAUUGAGUCGUUCCGUGGAAGCAAUGCUUUCCUUGGUCUAAAGAGAAAGCAAGGUCAGGAAGCAACACCGGUUCUCCCACCAGUAGAAGACAACCAAGAUCAACAACAACCUGAAGAGGAGAUAGAGGAAUCAUACUUUUUCAAUUGGAUGAAAGGUAACAACAAUAAGAAGGAGAAGGCACCCGCCAAGGUUAGUUCGACCAAUGAGACAAUUCAUGUAUUCUCAGUUGCAAGUGGACAUCUCUAUGAGCGUUUCCUCAAGAUCAUGAUGCUCUCUGUUAAAAAGAAUACAAACAAUCCAGUAAAGUUCUGGUUCCUUAAGAACUAUCUCUCACCUAAAUUUGUUGAUUUCAUCCCUUUCUUUGCAAAGAAAUACGGAUUCGACUAUGAGUUGGUUACUUACCAAUGGCCACCUUGGUUACGAGCACAAACAGAGAAACAACGUAUCAUCUGGGCAUACAAGAUUCUAUUCUUGGAUGUGCUGUUCCCACUCGAUGUCAAAAAGGUUAUUUUCGUGGAUGCCGAUCAGGUCGUUCGAACUGACUUGAAGGAACUCUGGGAUAUGAAUCUUCAGGGUGCUGCUCUCGGAUACACACCAUUCUGUGAUUCCAACAAGGACACUGAAGGAUUCAGGUUCUGGAAGUCUGGAUUCUGGCGUGACCAUCUCAGAGGUAAGCCAUACCACAUCUCAGCACUCUAUGUCAUCGAUCUUCAGCGAUUCCGUCGUAUCAUUGCAGGAGACAACCUGCGUAUGACCUACGACCAAUUGUCUCGUGAUCCAAACAGUCUUGCCAAUCUCGACCAGGAUCUACCAAACUACCUUCAACAUUCCGUCAAAAUCUUUAGUUUGCCACAGGAAUGGCUUUGGUGUGAGACAUGGUGCUCCCAAGCAUCGAAAUCGAAAGCCAAGACAAUCGAUUUGUGUAACAACCCAAUGACUAAAACACCAAAGCUAGAGAACGCCGUAAGAAUCAUCGAUGAAUGGACAACACUUGACAAUGAAGCAAAAGGUGUCGAGAAAGAAUAUGAACAAUUGAAAUCAACGAAAUCACAAAACAAAACACCAACAUCAUCGACUGUAAUCGAUGUAGGUAGUGCCUCUCAAACAGUGGCAACAACAAAAUACGAAGAAACUCUGCCCAAUCAAGAUGUUAUUAACCAGGCAUUAAUCGAUGCUGCAAAUGAAUUCAUUUGA